CAGUAAAAUCUCUCUCUUUUCUCCCUUCUCCUUCCCACCUUAUUAGAUCUCGGAGAUAGGAGAUCCCUCACCCCGAUUCCCCCUCCGGAUCUCGGGGCCCGUCGUCUCCGCCGCUUCCUGCGAUUCCAAGGGAAAAUUGAGAGCUUCUGUGUCUGUUGAUUCGGCACUUUGGUUAACCACGGAACGAAGCAGUCAUAGCAUGUGAAGCCGUUGUUGGGUUUUGAGUAACUUUAUCUACAUAGGAGGCUAAUGUUGCAAUGCCAAUGAAUUAGGUGGCUGCAGAUGGAGAUAUCACCCUGACGAGGUUCUCUAGAUGAAGAUAGCACAGACGUGGCUGCCAGGCACUGGAGACGUGAAAAUCAUGCGGGCGGCUCGCCAUAGAAACUCAUCGAAAAGGCCUCUAUGGAUUAUUGUCCUUGUAGCUUUGGUGUGUGUGGCACUGAUCGGGGCCUACGUUUAUCCACCUCAACGUUAUUCAGCUUGCUAUUUCUUAAGUGUUUGUGGUCCUCCUAAGGAUUGGUAUCCGCCUGUACCUGCUAGAAUCUACACUGAUGAUGAGCUUGCUGCUCGUGUUGUCAUAAGAGAGAUUCUUUCAGUGCCAUCUAUUCCAUCGAAGAAUCCCAAAAUUGCUUUUAUGUUCCUGACUCCAGGUUCAUUGCCUUUUGAAAAGCUUUGGGAGAAUUUCUUCCGGGGUCAUGAAGGCAGAUUUUCUAUUUAUGUGCAUGCAUCAAAGGAAAAACCAGUACAUGUGAGUCCUUUAUUUAUUGGCAGAGACGUACGCAGUGAUAAGGUGGCCUGGGGGAAAAUUUCCAUGGUUGAUGCAGAGAAGAGAUUGUUGGCAAAUGCACUCCAAGACACUGAUAAUCAGCAUUUUGUGUUGCUUUCUGAGAGGUGUAUACCAUUACACAAUUUUGAUUAUGUAUAUAGUUAUCUGAUGGAAACAAAUAUCAGUUUUAUUGACUGUUUCAACGAUCCUGGUCCACAUGGAGCAGGCAGAUAUUCAGAGCAUAUGUCGCCUGUGAUUGUAAAGAAAGACUGGAGGAAAGGUGCACAGUGGUUUUCAGUCAAGCGGCAACAUGCUGUGCUGAUUCUGGCUGACAGCCUUUACUACACAAAAUUGAAGCUUUAUUGUAAGCCAGGUUUCGAAGGACGCCAUUGCUACUCUGAUGAACAUUACUUGCCAACUCUUUUCCAUAUGUUUGAUCCUACUGGAAUUGCAAAUUGGUCUGUGACUCAUGUAGAUUGGUCUGAAGGAAAGUGGCACCCAAAAUCAUAUAAGGCUCAGGAUGUUACUUUUGAGCUCUUGAAGAAUAUUACAUCUAUUGAUGAGAGCGUACAUGUUACAAGUGAUAAAAAGAAGGAAGUGCUGAAGAGACCUUGCUUAUGGAAUGGAUCGAAGAGGCCAUGUUAUUUAUUUGCCAGAAAAUUUCUCCCUGAAACGCUUGAUAGUCUGAUGAAUUUGUUCUCCAAUUUUACAGCUCUAUCUGAAUGAACAACGAACUAAUCAUUCUUAGGUCGAGCAUUCAACCUCUGCCCCUCACCCCUCCGUUCCAAAUUUGAUAUAUACAUCAUGUAUGCAUGAAACUGCUUGUGGAUCUAUAAUGCCAAUCUGGUUCCUAGAACGGGCGGAGAGACUGUUGGAGCAUGAGGGAUGGUUUGAGUUCUCCAAGUGCUCUACCCUCGGGUGAAUUUGUCUCCAUAAUUUUUCUUUUUUCUUUUUAAUCAAUAGCAUUCUUUUGUUAUC